AUGGUAACCUAUGAGGAGCCCAUUUCUCGACAGUCUUACCAGCCUCCCCCAGGUCUUCACCGCAUUAACCCUCUUAGGGGUCACAAACGAUACUUCACUGACCUCAAAACGACCUUCAGCAGCUUGUGUCAUGACCUUUUGAGCCAGGAAACCUUGCCGUACAACCCUUACCCCAAGCUGAUUACAGCACUCAGGAAAUCUUCAGAGAAGUUUCACUUCUAUCAGCAGUCAGAUGCAGACAUUCUCCGUUUGUUUAACAAGCCAGUAGAGAAGACAGCUGUCCCUCACCUGUACCACACCCCUACUGACCCACCUGUCUAUGGCCUGAGCAGCUUGUUACAGCUGGUAGACCCCCGGGGUGUGGAUCAGUACCGCUGGCUGAUGGAGAAUGUCACCCCUCCUCUGGCAGACCUACCCAGUUUACCUGGACAUUCAAUUCAGGUGUUGAUGGCCCUAACAGGUCCCGCUGUGUUUACUGGAACAUUCUACAGACAUCCUCAGAGAGUUCAUCUCAGACAGGAGUACCUUGUCACUGGCUCUGAUCUUACUAAGGUUACAGACUUAUUUGUGAGCAGUGUUAUUCAAGACCUCAACAGAAUGGAAAAGAAGCAAAACCAUAAAGUUAUAGGAAUUCAUGUACCCUCCCAGGAUGCAACACCGCAAGAGACAUUGAGUACAAAUGAAACUGUGGAAGAAGUUGCGUUGGGUACGCCCUGGACUGAUGUAUUAUGGGAAGUGGACAGAGUUCACUUGGAAAAGGAUAACUUUGUGAAAGCUGUCACGAAUGCAGUCCUUGGUAACCAGAUGGUUACUAUGGAGUGUGUGUUUUGUUUGGAUCCAGAUGCUCUAGUCUUUGUCUUUGGUGAAAAGCAGUCAACUUUGAACUUUGUGGAAAUUAGUGAAAAAGACACCGAUGAAGGGUUAUCGACAUUCACUCAGUUCCCACUGGCGACCCUUCACGAGGGCGUCUUCCUGAAGAAGUCGCAUGCCGAGGCAUACAUGGGGAUGUUCUUACCCCAGCUGCUAGGACAGAAACCCCACAGACUGGUCGUCCACGAUAAAGCCAGCUCAGUUACCAUGACAACCAAGAGGGGGGACAAGAACAGCACAGCAGCUACCAAAGGUCAGAAAUACACUUGUCCCAUCUCUUUAUCUGGUCUAGCUCCUGGUUACCUGGGCCUAGCUUCUGGCUCCUGGCUGUCUGGCCUAGCUCCUGGCUGCCUGGGCCCAGCUUCUGGCUGCCUGGGUCUAGUUCCUGGCUGCCUGGGUCUACUCCUGGCUGCCUGGGUCCAGCUCCUGGCUGCUUGGCCUAGCUCCUGGCUGUCUGAGCCUAGCUCCUGGCUGUCUGGGUCUGGCUCCUGGCUGUCUGGGCCUAGCUCCUGGCUGUAUGGGCCCAGCUCCUGGUUGUCUGGGCCCAGUUCCUGGCUGUCUGGGCCUAGCUUCUGGCUGCCUGGGUCUAGCUUCUGGCUGUCUGGGCCUAGCUCCUGGCUGUCUGGGACUAGCUCCUGGCUGCCUGGGCCUAGCUCCUGGCUGCCUGGGCCUAGCUCCUGGCUGCCUGGGUCCAGCUCCUGGCUGUCUGCCCUGGCUCCUGGCUGUCUGCCCUGGCUCCUGGCUGUCUGGGUCCAGCUCCUGGCUGCCUGGCCUAGCUCCUGGUUGUCUGGGCCCAGCUCCUGGCUGUCUGGUCUAGCUCCUGGCUGUCUGGGUCUAGCUCCUGGCUGUCUGGGCCCAGCUCCUGGUUGUCUGGGCCUAGCUCCUGGCUGCCUGGGCCUAGCUCCUGGCUGCCUGGGCCUAGCUCCUGGCUGCCUGGGCCUAGCUUCUGGCUGCCUGGGCCCAGCUCCUGGCUGCCUGGCUAAAUGCCUAAAAAAUGCACAAAAAGCACAUGCACAAAAGAUCCUCCUGGAAGCAAAGGAGAAACCCCGGACUAAAACAAAGCAGAUCAAAGGAUCGAAAGGUCAAAAUCCAAACCCUGCAUCAGCCCUGUCAGAGUAUGGUGUGGUUGUUCAUGGGAUGGAAGAGCUGAAUCUCAGGAAGCAUGAUCUGUGGGUGAUUCGUGUGGCGGAGUGUGCGAAGACGGAUCCAUCUCCAAAAGCCAUCAAUUCAGAGGCUGUUCUUAUGAAGUAUCUGUUAGACAUUCACCUGGAUGACGUGUGGUGGAAUUACCUGGUGGAACUCUUCAGUAGUGACGUUACACCUCCUAAUCCCUACCCUCGUCUUAUCAACAGCCUGCGGCGGGCAGCCCUGAAAAUGGAUCUGUGGUUUGAGGAGGAAGAAAUGUUAAGCCAGAAGAUUUUCAGUGGUGUCUCUAAACCCACCCAUGAUUUCCCUUUUGUACAUGUCAUACCAGGAUGUGGAGCACAUGGAUCUGCUGGCAUUAUGUCAGUUCUUAACGCUGAAGGUUACUUCACCCUAUCAAGCCUGGCUCAAGACUUCAUACCAAAGUUUUACAUCCAGAUGAAGGGACUGUUUCGGGUGGCGCGUGUGACAGCAGUGACCGGCCAAUCAGCUCUGUAUGGCGUUCUGGUCCCCCAUUUGUCCACACUAGAACUGGAUGAGCACAUCUACAUCAAGGGACCAGAGGGGUGUUCUACAGAGGCCAUCCAGCUUUGUGCUAACAUUGUACAUAAGGAAAUCUUGGAUCUGAUCAACAAGGGAGAUCACCCAGUCACAGGCGUGUACUUCGGAGCUCACCAGAAUAGGCUCACCAUGCGCGAUGUCAAAAAGCGCCCACAGGCCUUUCUGUCUGAGUUUGAGGCCACCUGUCACAAGAAACAACAGAUUUUCCUCAAGGCAUACAUUGCUGAAGGUUGGAGGUAUUAUCCUGUGAUCAAACACUACAGAUUUCACUGGUUGACUGAGAAGAGUUCUGAACCAUUUUACCCAACUGAUCCAUCAGAGUUUUAUAAGAGCAUCUUCUUUGAGAAAGAAAGAGCAGUGUUUUACCACCAAACCAGCAAAUUUGACUUGGAUGACCCUCAGAGUUAUCCGGCAGUGCGGAGUGUCUGCGCUUAUCUGGAUCAAAUGAUUGCACAAGUGAUAAGAGAUAAGCACGAGUACUUUCACGUCCACAAAUUAUUGUGCACCCAGGCUCUGGUGAAACAGGACAAGUCACUGCUGAUGGAAUCCUGGCGAAUGUUUCACAGCCUAGCGGGACAGGUGGAGUAUGUCAACACCCUGAACUCAACUCUCCAAGACUUGGUUGGCUUCGCUUUGGAGAGGAAAAUUGAGAGUAAAAGCACGAGAAAGCAGAACAUAGAUGAAAAUGACACUGCUGUGAAAAGCGGCCAAUCCAGUGAUACUGACAACACAGACUCUGUUUUGAGCCCCCUAAAUCUGGACAUCUUGAACCAAACGGCUGUGGCAUUCAGACAGAAGAUCAUUGAUGUGACACAGUCAGGCAUGACACUGUCAUCUCCCAGAAUUCCCACUGUUCUACACAGGAAGUUGGAGUCUGUGUUUCUCAAUUCUAAACUCCUAGUUCAGGAACAAACUAUUGCACACCUUGAGGAAAUCAAAAACAUGAUGGCAGCUAUUAGCAACAUGGUGUCAUGUGACCUCCAUGAGACACUCCCAUUGGCUUCAUAUUCUGUAGACAGGAUUUUGGCCGGUCCAGAUGCUAGAAGCAGAAGAGUUCUGUCAGCUAAACUAGACAGACCAGAGACAAUUUUAAAGCGACCUAGAGCUAGAAAAACAAUGGGGUAUGAUUUUGACUAGUUAUUUAAUCUUUGUGUCACUGGUAUGACACAAGUGAUUGGGAAUUAAAAUGUAGAAAGUGACCAAAGAACUAGGUGUAUUUUACCUAUAUGCUUCACUCUGAUUGGCUCAUCCACCUUUAAUAUAGGGCACUGAAUUUUCUUCUUUUUUUUGUGAAGUUUAAUUGAUUUCUAAUCAGAAAAAUUGUUAGUUUUAGUACAAAAGUAUCAUGUAAAGGACUUUAUAUUCUUCUGAAAGUGCAUUUCCACAGACCAAAUUUUAUGUAAGAUACAGUAUUCAUGAAUUUAGUCUUAAGUAAGAGGUAUUUAAUUCUUGCUGUGGUUUGUGAUUUAAUCAUAUCAUAUAAUGUCACAUGACACCACUGUAUGUAUGUGCCUGAGGAACACGAUACUGUGUGUGACAUAAUGUUUCACAAGACCGCUAUAUGUAUGUGCCCGAGGAACACGAUACUGUGUGUGACAUAAUGUUUCACGAGACCACUAUAUGUAUGUGCCCGAGAAACACGAUACUGUGUGUGAAAUAAUGUCUCACGAGACCACUAUAUGUAUGUGCCCGAGGAACAUGAUAUUGUGUGUGACAUAAUGUCUCAUGAGACCACUAUAUGUAUGUGCCUGAGGAACACGAUACUGUGUGUGACAUAAUGUCUCACGAGACCACUAUAUGUUUGUGCCCGCGGAACACGAUACUGCGUGUGACAUAAUGUCUCACGAGACCACUAUAUGUAUGUGCCCGUGGAACAUGAUAUUGUGCGUGACAUAAUGUCUCACGAGACCACUAUAUGUAUGUGCCUGAGGAACAUGAUACUGUGUGUGACAUAAUGUCUCACGGGACCACUAUAUGUAUGUGCCCAAGGAACACGAUACUGUGUGUGACUUAAAAUUUCAUUCAUGACAAGGUGACUCAUUUUGCCUGAUCCCAAGAGUUCUGUUGACCUUUGAAAGGUGUUUUGAAGGGUUUUUUGUUUAAGAUAAACUGAAAAAUGGAAGUGUCAGCACCAAUAUAGUGUGAUAUUUUGUGACCAUUAUUUGCCUCGAAAAAAUGUGCUUUUUGGGCAAAGGUUUAGGGCAAAUAGAGUUAACUAGUUUUUCCGAAAAACUAUUUCGGUGUCAUUCAUUUAUAGCUAUAUAACUGUUAAUGGUUCUGUGGCUAUGAAUAAUUCAUAUGAAGUUAAGGAUUUUUAAUUCUUAAAGUCUGCUGCUACAUGUACGUUUAUCAUGUUCAUGCAGUCAAAAAGAUAACUACAAACAAAUUUCCCAGUCAGAGUGUCUUAUCUGAUAAUCGUUGCACAAUGAGAUAAAUGAACAGACCAGGUACAGCUUAGCUAUAAUUACUUAUCAGUGAAAAGAAUUUGGUAGAAAGAUAAAAAUAUUUUUACAAGUCUUCUUGGCACAGAAUAAAAUUGUUAAAACUUGACUUUUUGGAUUAUGAUGGCUAGUGAACAAUGUACCAAACUGUGUUGUCUGCGAAAUGUAUAUUUAAAUGAACAUAUAUUUGGUAAAUACUUGCUUUUGGAUUUACAUGUGUUAUUAUGUACUUGCUAAAUGUUGUUACCGUUAUUUAUGUUGGUAACCUUUCUCUCAUUCUUUAAACAAUGUAGUAGAGUUAUCAAGUUGUAAUAUUUGACGUUUGUAAAACAUUAUUUAUACAUAGUGUAACUCUUUUCACUAUAAAAACGUCAAACGGUAAUAGGUGAAUGCACUUCAACGUUGCCAAAUUUAUUUUUCUAAAGUUAUAACAUAUAGAAGUAAUAUAUUAAGAUUGCUAUGUCAGGUAUAAAUAUUACCACAGGUUUAUGUUUACUGUAAUGGAUUAUUUCAAAAAAAAUCUUUCUAAACCCAGACAAGUGUCUGUACCCACCUAUGGUGUGAAUUCCUUCACUCUGCAUGUAUGAAAUCAACUUCCGUUGGCUGAUAAGAGACUUUUUGUUUGGGAGGGUACUGGACCAUUGGCCUAUUCAACUACAGCCUCACUCACGAUCAGCCAGUCAGCCUUUGACCAGUGAGGGCACAUUUCUGAAUCGAGCUUUUUCAGCUGCCGUCUAAAGUCAGGAGGUAUUUAAUGUACCUGGUGAGGGCCGAAUGGUUUAAGGCCUCAACCCAUAAACCUGAUCACCUUCAUGAACUCAAAUAUUGUUGAGCACAAUUUUACAUCUAGUGGAAGAAAAACCUGUUGGGAGUUUGGUGAAUAAUCACCGUUCAUUUGGACCAUGGUUUUCCGCUAAGCACAAACAUUCAGCCGCAGGGCGACGUAAACGAAUGUUACAUGUUCAAGAGAAGACGUUUGAAAUAAACUUCAUAUACGACCACGUCAUCGUGUUG